AUGUUCAAAAUCCAAACUCUUUGGCAAGCGCCAGAGAUUAAUCCUGUCAAUGGGAAAGCUCGCUCUAUCCCUGUCCUCAAUCCCUUCAACAAAUAUGGUAGAGUGUUCUUCUUCUCGUGGUGGGGUUUCAUGAUAGCAUUUUGGUCCUGGUAUGCCUUUCCGCCAUUGCUAUCUCUCACUAUCAAAAAAGAUCUCCAUCUCACUCAAAAUGAGAUUGCGAACUCAAACAUCAUUGCUCUCGUUGCUACUCUCCUCGUGCGACUAGUCGCAGGUCCAUGUUGUGAUAAUUUCGGUCUCAAGGUUACAUUCGCAGGAUGCCUACUACUUGGUGCUGUUCCGACUGCUCUUGCGCGUACCGUGACGACUGUAACUGGUCUUAUGGUUCUUCGAUUCUUCAUCGGUAUACUAGGUGGCGCUUUUGUUCCAUGUCAAGUAUGGUCUACUGGAUUUUUUGACAGGAACAUUGUUGGUACAGCCAACUCAUUGACCGGUGGUUGGGGAAAUGUUGGCGGUGGAAUAACUUACUUCGUCAUGCCAGUCAUUGUCGAUUCUUUAAUGUCAAAUCAAGGACUCACCGCUCACGUCGCCUGGAGAGUAUCCUUCAUUGUCCCCUUCAUUCUGAUUACCACCACCGCCAUAUCGAUGUUAAUUCUCUGCCCCGAUAUCCCCACUGGCAAAUGGUCACAACGCCACCUCGCUGUCCAACAAAAUCUCCAAGUCCAUGGCAUCCACAACCCCUCCAAUAACAUAGUCUCUAUACCUGGUUCCAUUACCGGCCGCAAACCUAGCAACACUCAUACCCCCAACGAUCCGACCUCGUCCUCCAACUCCAUCCUCGAUAACGAAAAAGGCCUCGAAGAGGAAGCUCAAAUCGCAUCCGCCAAAUAUAAUACUGCCGACUCCUACAACAACGAAGGACCCCUCGCAUCCCAAGAAAUGCUCACCGUCGCCCGCGGAGAAUUCAUACAAAAACCCUCUUUCCACGAUGCCCUCCAAGUAAUCCUCACACCUCAAACCCUCCUUGUCGCCUCCUGCUACUUCUGUUCUUUCGGCGCCGAACUCGCCAUAAACUCUAUCCUCGGCUCCUACUACCUCGAAAACUUUCCCACACUAGGAGAAACGGGCACCGGUCGCUGGGCCGCCAUGUUCGGUCUCCUCAACGUGGUCUUCCGUCCACUAGGUGGUAUCCUCUCCGAUCUCCUUUAUCGGAAAACCGAAAGUGUAUGGGCGAAGAAAAUCUGGCUCCACAUCCUUGCCAUUUUCACCGGCGCGUUUCUCAUCGCGAUCGGGUUCACCGAUCCACGUAAUCACGCAAAGAUGUUUGGGUUAGUAGCCGGCAUGGGACUUUUUCUCGAAGCGGGAAAUGGGGCGAAUUUUUCACUCGUGCCUCAUAUUCACCCGUCUGCAAAUGGGAUUAUUAGUGGAGUGGUUGGCGCGUGUGGCAAUUUGGGAGGGAUCGUUUUUUCAAUCAUUUUCCGUUAUGAGAGGAGGAACUUUGCGAGGUGUUUUUGGAUUGUUGGCGUUGUGACGAUUGCGAUUAAGUUAGCGGUUUCGUGGGUAAAACCUAUUCCCAAGGGACAGGUUGGGGGCAGAUGA